CGCACCGUUGUAACCGUUCAACCCAAAAUGAAGCUCAUCCUCGCACUCGCUGUCGUCGUCUGCGUCGUUGCAGUCUCGCAAGCUGCACCGCAACUUUUGUCAGGCUCGAUCCUCGUGCAACUGAGUACUACAGUGUCCAGGUUAACCACACUCCUGAGCCAGAUUGGUUCGCUGGUGUUUGCCCUCGGCAACACCGCCGGAGCUACGCUACAAACGUUGGUCGGAAACGUGCUGUCCGCUGCUGGCGCGCUAUUUACUUUGCCCUCGGCCACGUUGAGCGCUGUUAACCAGUUGCUGGCGAAUACUGUGACUCAGAUCACCAACAUCCUGAAUGGUGUCGGUAGCAACGUUAAUGCGCUGGUUCCAGCCCUCGGAAACAUCCAGACCGUCCUUGCCUCGACGGUUAACAGCCUGGGUGCGCUGAACGUAGCCGGGCUCGCUAACCUCCAAAGCUCCCUCAACCAACUGGCCACUGGCCUCAGCACCGCUGUUGGCCAGAUCGCUGGUUAAAAGAUGAUCCACAACACAGAUACCACAGGUUCGACCAUCUGC